CGCCCUCCCUCCCUCCCUCCCCGGCUUCGAAGGGCUCGCUAUCAUCGCUCUGUUCCGGGGGAGAGACAGACAGAGACAGACAGAAUGAAAAACCCGUCCUUUUUCUUCUCCCCCAGCUUCCUCUCUAUGAUCUUUCCUUAAAGUCAUUUCCCCCCCCCCCGCCUCCAGGACCAGGCGGGGGCGGGGUUUCUGCCCUCCCCCUUCUCCCUUCUGGUUUCCCUCCGCCCCCCUUUUUCUCUUGGGUCAAACCAAGCAGGAUCCGAACGGGGGGGCGGAGGGGGAGGAAACAUGGCGCAGGCCUUGUCUGAAGAGGAGUUCGAGCGCAUGCAGGCUCAGCUACUGGAACUCCGGACACAGAAUUACCAGCUCUCCGAUGAACUCCGCAAAAACACUGCUGAAUUAAAUGGCCUUCGGCAACGGGUGACCUAUUUGGAUAAGGAAUUUGCCAAAGCUCAGAAGGCUCUGACUAAGAGCAAGAAGGCUCAGGAGGUGGACGCCUUGCUUAGUGAAAAUGAAAUGCUUCAGGGAAAACUGCACAGCCAGGAGGAUGACUUCAGGCUGCAAAAUAGCACUCUUAUGCAGGAGCUCUCCAAGCUGUGCUCCCAGAUCGAACAGUUGGAGAAGGAGAACAAGAGUCUUCGUGAAGGGGAGGCGGCAGUCCCUGAGGGGGCAUCCUUGGCCAGCCCUGCAGAUGGGGAGCUGCUGAGGCUGCAGGCGGAGAAUUCUGCACUGCAGAAGAACAUGGCAGCUCUUCAGGAGCGCUAUGAGAAGGAAGUGGCCUGGCAAGGAGAAAGCCAAGGUGGCGGGAAGGGCGAUGCCUCUGUGGAGCCUCAUCCUGCCGGCCAGGAGGGUCCAGAGCCACAAGCGGUUGACAGCGGCCCCUCCCAGCAGCUCCUGUCAGAGGUGGACCUGAAGUGGCAGACAGAGCGGGAGGAGAAAAGACUCCUGAAGGAACAGCUGCAGAGCCUCGAGGCAUCCAAAUUGACAGAGAUGUCCCGGUUGCAGCAAGAACUCAGCAAGCUUGCUGAAAAGCUAAAGAAGAAACAGGAGAGCUUUCUGCGGCUUCAGACCGAAAAAGAAGCUCUCUACAAUGACAGCAGGACCAAAAUUGAGGAGAUCCAGCAGCGGAAGGAGGAGGAACUGAAAUCUCUACAGGUUCGCAAUCAAAAACUGCAGCAGGAGCUCCAGACAGCAAACCAGGGCUCCUCUGAGCUAAAGGGCCAACUGCAGAGCCGUCGGAAAGAGCAUGAGGUGGCUCUGCAGGCUCUGCAGGACCAAGUGGCUUGCCAAAGUGCGGAGAGCCAGGAGCAGGUUGAAACCAUUCUGACUGAGAACGAUGCUCUGAGAACCAAUCUGGCAGCGUUAGAACAGAUCCAGACAUCCAAGACUCAAGAGAUGAAUCUGCUGCGAGAUCAAGUGGCAGCCUUGGGGGCAGAGCUGCAACAAUGUCAGAGCGAGAAGGAGGCACUGGCUGCCCAGCGGGAAGACCUCAACACUCAGCUGCAGGAGUCGCUCCGGGCUAAUACUCGUCUCCUGGAGCAGCUUCAAGAGCUUGGGCAGGAGAAAGAGAGAUUGUUACAAGACCUUGAUGAAACCAGGAAGACGGCGGAGAAGCGCAAGGCCAUGCUAGAUGAGAUGGCCAUUGAGACACUCCAGGAAAAGGGGCACCAUAAGGAAGAGCUUGGCAACCUCCGUCUGCAGCACGAGAAAGAGGUGCUAGCUGUGCGGGCGCGCUAUGAGCGGGAGCUGCGGGAGCUACACGAGCAUAAAAAAAGGCAGGAAGAUGAGCUGCGUGGCCAGCUUAAAGAGGAGAAGGCUCGUAACCAGGAAUUGGAGUCCAUGCAGCAAACCGUAGAGGAGUUGCACCUACAAAUUCAGUCCAUGGACGGCACCAAGGGCUGGUUCGAGCGGCGGCUUAAAGAGGCGGAGGACCUGAUAGAAAAGCACCAGCAAGAACACACAGAGGCCAUGCGAGUCUGUAAGGAGCAGCAUGUGGCUGACUUGCAGCUAAAGGAUAAAGAGGUAGAAGCAAUCAAGGAGAAGUUACGAGAGAUUGAAAGAGCCAAGGAUGAUCACUUGGACACAAUCAGCCAGCUGAAACAGGAGGUGAAGGACACAGUAGACGGGCAGCGGAUCCUAGAGAAGAAAGGCAACGCAGCGCUGAAGGACCUCAAGCGGCAGCUCCACCUAGAACGGAAGCGAGCGGACAAGCUCCAGGAGCGGCUCCAAGAAAUCUUGACAAAUAGCAAGAGCCGGACAGGGAUUGAGGAUCUAGUCCUGGCAGACAUCAGCUCACCGAGCAGGGCACAGACAGGAGACAGCAGCAGCAUCUCGUCCUUUAGCUAUCGUGAAAUAAUGAAAGAGGGAUCUGUAGCCGGCAGUAACAAGUCGACCACAGGCAGCCCACAGUCACAGUCGCAACCCCCACGGCCAGCUGACCUCUCUGACGAAGAGAUCUCUGAGCUAUUCCAGCGUCUGGCAGAAGUUCAGCAGGAGAAGUGGCUGCUGGAGGAGAAGGUGAAGCACCUUGAGGUCAGCAGUGCCUCCAUGGCUGAGGACUUGUGUCGGAAGAGCGCCAUCAUUGAGAUGUACGUCAUGGACAGCCGCAUUGAUGUCUCGGGGGCCCACGGGCAGGUUGAUCGUAGCAGCCUGAGCAGCGUCUUGCGGGACCUGGUGAAGCCUGGAGAUGAGAACCUGCGCGAGAUGAACAAGAAGCUUCAGAACAUGCUAGAGGAGCAGCUGACCAAAAACAUGCACUUACAGAAGGAUUUGGAAGUGCUGUCCCAAGAGAUUGUCCGUCUGAGCAAGGAGUGCGUCCCGUCCCCCAACACUGAGCCUGCCCUGGAUGAUGCCAUCUGAGCUCAGUUCCAUCCUGUGAUAUCCACACCCUUCACUUGGCCCUCCACUGUACUACUGGCACAGGGAGGUGGGGGGGGGAGGGAUAUUGACACCUUCUGCCUCUCUCCUGGUGGAUCACUUAUCUUAGCCUUGUUUUGCUUCAGGGAGGCGUUUAAUCCUCUCCAGCUAGCUGUCUUUCUCCUUCCUUAGCACAGCAAACAGUUUGUCCUUCAACUGCCUCCCUUCAUUGGCUGCCUCACUCAAGCCUCCCUCUGCUCCCCACCCCAUCUCAAAACAGAUUUGCUUCUCCUGUCACACGCAUGCUGCUGAUUAUCUUCUAUCUGUAAGAAGCAAUGGUUGAGAUGGCUUUUCUGCGGGAGCACUCCUAGUGGGCUGGAGGGCAAACUGCAACUUGGUUCCUAAGAUGGUUGCUUUAAAAAAACGCAAACCAGCAUUGACUCCAGGAAAGGUUGUGUGCUCCAGUCUGAAAUAACAGAGAACCUACGAAGCUGAGUGGGAGGUAUUCCUGCCAUGGUAAAGAGCCAUUUCAAGCUUCCUCCUUGAAAAUAACAUGGUUCUGGGGAUAUAUAACUUCCUCUUAAACCUCUCUGCCUUCAUCCCACUCUCUUCAAAAGCUACACCUCUAAUCUUCUGGUCUCUUCCUCCUGAUUCAUUUAUGGCCUCCUGGCUCUCUUCUUCCACACAUCCCAUCUUGCAUGCUCAGCCCUGAAUUUUCUUCUGCCCCAGCUCUAUCCAGCUGUUGCUGCUGUUAAUAAAAAAAGAGUAAAAUACUAUAGAUAUAUAGAUAUAUAUUUGCGCUGAUUCCCUACCUCUGGGUGGGACUGAACCCAAGUGGAUCGAAGCUUUUGUCUCCAGGAGGGGAACUCUUGGGCUCAUUCAAGGUUCCAGCUGCACUUUUUUUUCCUUUUGGGUGGGGGUAGCGUGCGUGUUUUAUUUAUGUAUCAAUGACUUGUACAAGGCUGUAAUUGUUGAGCAACUGAUAAUGCAAACAUUGAUUUUUGACUGGC